AUGAACAAGAAAUUUACAUUUGAACAAAAACAGUAUAUUUUAAAAUUAGGACCUUGCCAACCAAGUGCUCAAGAGAUGCCUUUCCAUAAAUUUCCAAAAACCAAUAACCUUAGUUUUCAUGCCAAAUGGUAUACCAAAACAUUACCCGAUGGAUCUGUAGGAACUCAAAAACAUGGAUUAGCAUUUAGAGGACACAACGAAAAAUGGUCUGAUACUGUUAGAGGAAACUUCAAAGAUCUCGUUAUUUUGCUAGCCGAGUAUUCGCCAGUUUUGUCCUCAUAUAUAACCCAAUUAAAAGAAAAAGGAAAAAAUAUGACAUCUUUUAUUACUUGGCAACGACAGAACCAACUUAUUGAUUCAAUCUCAAAUUCAAUUUUAAAAUCAAUUGUACAAGAAGCGAAUACUGCUAGAUUAUUUAGCAUAUCAAUAGAUACAACAUUCGAUAUAUCAAGGCAUGAACAAGUAUCUUUUGUAAUUCGAUAUACCGAUGAAAGCAAAGGUAAAAUUGUUGAACGUUUACUUAUGAUCUGUACUACUUCAUCCACUAAUAGUCAGACCCUUUAUAGUAUUUUUCUUAAUAUUUUUGAGAAAACCAAUAUUGAUUGGAAAAAUAAUUUGAUAGGUCAAUCCUAUGACGGCGCAGCUAAUAUGCGAGGCGAAUACAACGGUCUACAAGCAAAAAUUAAAAGUGUUAAAAGCUGUCUUGAAGCUGUUGAUUUAUUUGGGAUUUUGGCCAAAGUAUAUGAUUUUAUAUGUUGUAGCAAAAAUCGUGUAUUUGUUUUUGAACAAAAUCAAAUAGAACGUAAUCCUACAUGGCCAGUUCGUAGUUUGAAGCGUGUUACUACUACACGAUGGAGUAGAUACUCUACAGCAUUAAAAACAAUUUUAAACACAUGGGAAGCUUUAAUUGAUACACUUGAAGAUCUUCAUUAA